AUUUUGUACGCGUAAUUAAAACAGGGCGCAUCCGUUGUGUCGGAACGCUUCUGCUCGAUGCGUGUUAUCACGUAGGUCGGGCCUUGCUGUAAGCGAGAGUAUGGGAAUUUACUGCAUCCAGUAGGCGAACACGCAGUCCAAAAACUCUAGAGCAAUCGGAGUUUGUCUUCAGAUUUCGCACCCUCCUCUCGCCCGCCUUCGUAUAAGACUCGUAUGUAAUCUCCCACCUGUACCAUUUGCGACACCUCCCUCCCGCCUCGCGCAUCAAUCCGCGCUCCUGGAGUCAUUCCCGCCUCUUCUGUCCAGCCUGGCAUAGUCACUUGUGCUCUCUGCGACACAAUGCCACGCGCAGCGACGUCGAAGCGUGCCAAAUCAGGUGCCGUCACCUCUACCUCCACUAUCUCCUUUGACGCGCCUGGGUGCGCCCAGUUCGCGUUCGCACAGAACAUCACGCCCGGGUCGUACAACGACCCAAACCCUUCCUUUGGAUCUGUUCCCGAGUCUUCCCUCUUCCCCUCGUGUGAUGUGCCACCCCGUAAAGUUACCCAUUCGAGGAAGAAGCCGGAGGAUCACGUUCCUCGCCCGCCCAACGCGUUCAUCCUCUUCCGGUCGUCCUUCGUCAAGAGCGACCACGUCUCAUCGAAAGUCGAGACGAACCACAGCACCCUCUCCACGAUCAUCGGGUACACCUGGAACAAGCUUCCGCCCGCCGAGAAGCAGAUCUGGUUCGACAAGGCGAAGGCGCUGCUCGACGAGCACAAGCAGAAGUACCCUGGCUACUCCUUCCGACCGUCAUCGAAGAACGGUACGCCGUACCCGAGGACGAAGAGGAAGGUGCGCGAGGUGGGCCCGAAGGAUACGAAACGAUGCGAGAAGAUCGCCGAGCUGCUGGUUAAGGGGAAGAAGGGCGCGGAGCUUGACGACGCUGUCAGUGAGUUCGAUCACAACCACGUCCCCGAGAUCGUCACACGCUUCGAUGCCCCCGUAACGGCGCGCCACUUCCGGCGAUCGUCGUCCGCCCCUGCCGAUGAACGGCCCAACUCCCCGUUCCUCGUUUCGCUUCCGCCACCUGCCAUCAAGGCCCGCGCUGUCAGUUCGCAACCCGAGCCUUCCUUGGGCUACAGCGCGUCGAUGCCGAGCACGCCGGGCUACGUGACGCCAUCCUUGGUAGGCGAGUACGAAUCCAUGGGCGAGUACGACCCCAUGGGCAAGUACGAAUCUAUGGGAGAAUACGAAUCCAUGAGCGAGUACAGCACUCCAUCCUCUCCUUUCGAGGACACCUCAGUCGAGUACGCGGUGCCCGCCCCGAACCCUGAGAUGGGUUUCGAAUCAUUCUCUUUCAAUACUUGCGCUGCGCCAUCGCCGGUCGAUUCCUGUGACCCGCUCUCGAGUCCAUACGCGGAACAGCAGCCCGACAUCUUCGCACCGCAGCCCCACGUCGCGUACACGAUGCAGCAGCCCGUCUUCCACCACCCCUCCGAUGGCUUGCGCAUCGAUACGAACGUCGCGUGCGAAUGGGCCGGUCCCUCCUCCACGCCGAUGUCGAGUUCGCCCAAUACCCCCAGCCCGUACCCGACCGAGUACAUGCCUGCCGAGGCGACGUACUACGGCGGACAGGUCCCGGGCCAGCUCGACGAACUGCAGGGCUUGCCGGUCGAGAUGUUCCAAAACGACGGCGUCCAGGAGCAGUGGGCCCAUCCGACGGACGGGUACUACUACGACCCGAUGUACGCACAGGGCGUCGCCGCCCACCACGAUCCGGUCUAUCAGAAAUACGCGGAGGUUCCGGAUCAGGUAUACCAGCAGGAGCACCUUUUCGCUAUUGCGCAUUCCUACGCUGCUCACCAUCAUUGAAGUUUCGCGCUACACUCACCAUUUCCCCCUCCCUUACUCUAUCCCCAUCUCUAUCCUCGAAUCGCUGUCUGUUGUCCCGUUAUCUGCCUACUGCACGCCCCUGGCGAGGACGAGCGCAGGCUGUACUGUAUCACUAACUCGGCUGUAAGCCAUCACACUGUAUCUUUACGGUGACGCCUGGAAGGCGUCUGGAUCUCAGGGACUAGGAUAUCACUCUCACCGGACUCUGUGCGCGAAACGCACACCAAGGUUAUUUGCGCGCUACGACGUUAUUUUGUACCAUAGACUUUCCCUGGAGCGGAUGGAAAUAUACCGUCAUUAUUCUGAUUGAAGGCAGCGCGAAUGCUUCGCGUGAGGGACACGAACCUAUCUCCGCCUACGCCCAUAUG